AUGGAAGACGGAGAUGACGAACACGAUCCUGCCGGAUGGCUAGGACGCUUUGUCAAUCCAGGGAGUUCUCCUUCAUGGACACACCCUGCGUUCGUGGAUCCUGCAAAGGCUGCGCAUGAAGCAAAGAUGCAUUAUAUAAAUGAUGCUGCUCGCUACCACAAUAUGUCACUGCGUCAACAGCGAGUGCAAGCACAAGCGAGGGAUAUUGAGGAGAGACUGUUGCAAGAGAGGAGAAAGGACGAAGUGGCGCGACGGCAAACCAGAGAACCAGAGGAGGGACUGGCUCAGUGGAAAGCAACGAAGACACAGGACGAGAUGGCGAUAGACAACCUGAGACGACAGCAAUACAAUCAGCUUCAAAGGGAGCAAGACAGACUACGGCAGCAGCAACGACAGCUAGGCCCAGCGCCAGGUACACAACGAGAAUUUGAUGGGGACUCGGUCUGGACUCAAUACGGCCAAAGCCGACCGGUGAUAGCUGGAGAGCUAAUGAGACAGUCCUCGCGACUACCAGACAGAGAAACCCAUAGCCAGCAGUCCGUGAGGCCGGCAGAUAUCGGACCAUCCCCAUAUUACCCACCCAAUCCUUCCUGUCGCGCCGACGCCCCUUUUCCUGCCUCACCACAGCCAUCAGCAGGUGCCAGGCAGCCUUCGAGGCCAGUGACAAACCAGCAGAGAACUUCCAAUGGUUCUGCGUCUUGGUCGAUGUCACGCUAUGAUAUCUCACAAAGAUCCUCAAUAUCUACUUCUAGUCCUGCAGACCAAGUACAAGGAUCGAUGGCUUCACAGCGUGCGCAGACAGGCCGACCAGCAUUAGUACCAAAUGGACUCCCACUCCCGGAUCCGCAGUUUGGAAAUUACCAGCGCCAGGGCCGAGAUUCUGCGAAGACUGUCGAUCAGCUAGAAGCAGCUUCCAAGUCUCCACCUGAAGAACUCCAAGGCUUAUCCAUUGAACCCAGCAUUCCUCCAACAACAUCUUCAGAAAAAGAUGUAUGCACUUCCGCAGCUCGGAGCACGCUUGGCCCUAAUUCCACAAACCAGACCCGGUCCAAUGUGAUAGAGCCUGCCUUAGUCUAUUGGCAUCCAUCUCAGAAACCGCCACCCAUCCCCCCUGCACCAGUUUCAUCAGUCUUGGGCUCAACGGUCCAAGCGCCAGUUGAUUACGCCAAUCAGGGGACCCAGAACAACGCUUCAGUCACUUCGUACAUGAUCCACAAACCGGCUCCCGGGUCUCAGAAAGCGGCGCCUGUGGCACAUUCGAAAAGUAGGCUCAGCAGUAUGGAAGGGCAAGAACCUCCAAAUAAGAUACGAAGAAUUCAAGAUGGCUCUAAGCAGUCAAGCGGCCCCAAUACCGAAGAGCAUAUGCUACCUAGGAAGCAGACAAAGUCAAGCAUCGCUCGGCUAUUAGGGCGGCUUGAUCUUGUUGAACCACUGGAUGUGAAUGAGAUGGACGUGAAGAAAACGUACGAUGCGACCACUAUUGCCCGGGAUGUAUUGAUUGCUGCUGCAAAACACCCAACAGAGAAGGGUUUGAAUCAUCACUUGCUUAUUCUCAAACAUUCACUUGCUUCGUUGGAUUACUCGGCAGACCUGGCUACACUGAGGUGGGAUCUACUCGAUCCACUCUUAUCUUCACGUGAGGACUCGACAUUCACGCGUCCACCGAUCCAACCAAUUAACGCGACCGGCGCGACGGUGGUUUCUGCUCAGCUCAAUCCCCGUUCAUCUGGACCUUCUUCAUUACCUUCAAAUGCUUUGCCUCUUACUUCAUAUCCCUUAACAUCCGGUCCUCCACCCCCACCACCAUUGCCACAACCUUCCCAUCCGAUCCCCGCGCCCGAGCCGGCGCCAUUGAAAUCCGAGUUGCCAGCAAGAAAUCCAAAUAUCGGAUCGCGCUCACCUUCACGCUCAAAUAUUGCCGCCCAAGAAUCAGUCGUACCCGCCAAAUCGCCGCGGACCAAACAAACUCUUCAACCUGCGGUUGUAGUUCAUUCAUCUCCCCAGAAAAUGCAAACUACGAAGAAGAGGGGCCGCCCAAGGAAGGAUGAAGUGGAUAAGACUAUCAUUGACCGUAUUUCAACUCCAACUGAAGCAGUCGAGUACCCAGUCUACAAGUGUUAUUGGGAAAAAUGCCAAGCCGAGCUUCACACCUUGCUCUUACUUCAGCGCCACGUUUUGAAGGCACAUGUUCCUCACAAUCUUACUUGUGGCUGGUAUGGGUGUGAGAAUUCAACGCAUAUGGCAGCUUCGACACUGUGGGAGCACAUGAGAGAUACUCAUGUUAAGGAUUAUGCUUGGAACCUAGGGGAUGGUCCUGUGGUGCCUUCACCUGGUGAGGAUGACGUUGAUAAAACGCCUAAAAUUCCCCACUUCAACCUGUUUGACCGCCAAGCACGCCCGGGAACUCUGAUUCUCCCAGCUGAUCGUGACUUGGUCGAAAUAUUCAACCGAUCUCGCGGCAUUUCGAACUCGAAACAGAAGGCGGAGGCAUUCAUAGAUGGAGCAUGUCGCUGGAAAGAGGAGGUUGGGCCUGAUAUUGACAUCAGCGAUCGCCGACUGUCAACCCCUCCACGACAAAUGUCGAGUCAACUUACCGAAACUGCGUAUACUCUCCCGGGGGCUGUCUAA